AUGCCAGUUUUUGCUAGUAAAGAGGACUUUUGCAAGCAAGUAAACGUCAGGAUUGGAAAAGAUAAUGAGUUGAUCCAAUUUGCCAAGGACAAUUUAAACCAUCUUCCAUUCACUCUUGAAGACAAAAACGCGUUUGAAAACUAUGAGCGAAUGAUCUCGGGGAUGCUUUAUAACCCAGGUCAGAAAGAUUUGGAAUUGGCUAGAAUGAGGUUGAGAGACUAUUUGUUAGAUUACGGAAAUUUCAGAUUUAGAGAUUACAAGUCCUCUAAAGAGUAUCAAGAUGCCAAAAGAGACUUUUUGAAAACAUUUAUUGGGCAUGUUGGAGAAGGUACGUUUAUGGAAUAUCCCAUAUAUUUCGAUUAUGGUUUCAACACGUAUCUUGGAAAAAACUUCUACAGCAACUACAAUCUAACAAUCUUGGAUUGCUCAAUUGUGAGAAUUGGUGAUAAUGUAAUGUGUGGAACAGGAGUGUCAAUCUUGACCCCAACGCACCCAAUUGAUCCAACUUUGAGAAACCACGCAUUGGAAAAUGCCUUUGCGGUCACUAUUGGGAACAAUUGCUGGCUAGGCUCGAAUUGCACAGUAGUUGGGGGUGUCACAAUUGGCGAUGGUUGUGUAAUCGCCGCAGGAUGCGUCGUUACCAAAAACGUGCCCGCAAAUUCACUCGUAGCUGGUGUUCCGGGACGUGUAGUAAAGACUAUGGAACCUAGAGAUGCUGAAUUCGACGUUGAUGAGAUACUAAGGAGAUACGGAAUGGACACUAUCGAGCAAAGCGAGAUCGGGGAGCACUGA